AUGAAGGAGAGUGGUGGGGCAUACACAGGACGUGAUAACAGGAAGUACAGUACACGAGGUGGGGCAUACACAGCACGUGAUAACAGGAAGUACAGUACACGAGGUGGGGCAUACACAGGACGGGAUACCAGGAAGUACAGUACACGAGGUGGGGCAUACACAGGACGGGAUACCAGGAAGUACAGUACACGAGGUGGGGCAUACACAGCACGUGAUAACAGGAAGUACAGUACACGAGGUGGGGCAUACACAGGACGGGAUACCAGGAAGUACAGUACACGAGGUGGGGCAUACACAGGACGGGAUACCAGGAAGUACAGUACACGAGGUGGGGCAUACACAGGACGUGAUAACAGGAAGUACAGCACACGAGGUGGGGCAUACACAGGACGGGAUACCAGAAAGUACAGUACAAGAGAUGAGGCAUACACAGGACGGGAUACCAGGAAGUACAGUACACGAGGUGGGGCAUACACAGGACGUGAUAACAGGAAGUACAGUACACGAGGUGGGGCAUACACAGGACGUGAUAACAGGAAGUACAGCACACGAGGUGGGGCAUACACAGCAUGUGAUAACAGGAAGUACAGCACACGAGGUGGGGCAUACACAGGACGUGAUAACAGGAAGUACAGUACACGAGGUGGGGCAUACAUAGGACGUGAUAACAGGAAGUACAGCACACGAGGUGGGGUAUACACAGCAUGUGAUAACAGGAAGUACAGCACACAAGGUGGGGCAUACACAGGAUGUGAUAACAGGAAGUACAGCACACGAGGUGGGGCAUACACAGGACCGGAUACAAGGAAGUACAGCACACGAGGUGGGGCAUACACAGGACGUGAUAACAGGAAGUACAGCACACGAGGUGGGGCAUACACAGGACGUGAUAACAGGAAGUACAGUACACAAGGUGGGGCAUACAUAGGACGUGAUAACGAAGUACAGUACACGAGGUGGGGAGUACACAGGACGUGAUAACAGGAAGUACAGUACACGAGGUGGGGCAUGCACAAGAUGUCAGGAAGUACAGCACAUGAGGUGGGGCAUACAAAGGACGGGAUACCAGGAAGUACAGCACAUGAAGUGGGGCAUACACAGGACGGGAUACCAGUCCAUCACAGGGUGCACAGGAAAUCGCCACAUAUAAUUAUAGAUGCCAAUCUAUGUAGGGCAUUUU